UGUGUACCUGACCAAACUGGAGGAAAUAGGUAUGAAUGCACUGUUUGUCUGGUAGGGAUGUAAAAUACAUUAGUACGAAAAGGUUGAAUAUGUAGAAUGAGCACUUCUACUAUGCUAUAUAGUAUUGGUGCUUUAAUGUACAACUUAAAGUUGUAUCAUAACAUUAAAUGUAUAAGUUUAUGUUGUACCAUAAAACAAUUUGUACCAUUAUGUUAUGGUACAACUUUACAACUUAAAGUUGUAUCAUCACAUAAGGUACAAGUUCAAGUUGUACCAUAAAAGAAUUUGUACCAAAAGUAUAGGUACAAUCUGAAAUUGUACCAUAACGUAAAUGUACAAUUUUAAGUUGUACCAUGAAAGCAAAAACCUACAGCACCAAUACUAUAUAGCAUUGUAAAAUUUCUCAUGUAGAAUAUGAUAUAUCAUAGUGGAUUGAUUUGAGGAAAUUUGCAACAAGCAUAAAUCUGGUGACUAGUAGAGUUAAGUAUGGAAGUAUAGUACAUAGUACAUAUUGCUAAUAUUUUGAUUAGAGGUGGCAAUUUCAAUCCAAUCCACCAAUCCAAUCCAUCAAUCCAUUAAAAAUAUCCACCUAAUCCAAUCCAUUUAAAUCCAAUCCAUUUUAUCCAAAUCCAAUUGGAUUGGUGGAUUCAUGGAUUGGAUCCAUGGAUCAUUGGCAAAUUACGGUUUAGUACCUAUAAUUUUUAUUUUUUACAUUUUGGUACCUAAAAUUUAAUUUUUUUAUACGGAAAAUAUCAUUGGAAAAUUACGUUUUGGUACCUAAAAUUUUUCAUUAUGACAUUUUAGUACCUAAAUUUUUUACAUUUUACAUAUUGGUCCUUGGUUGAGGAUGUCAUUUGGAUUCAUGGAUAAUCCACCAAUCCAUUUGAUCCAUGGAUCCACCAAUCCAAUCCACCAAUCCUCCAAUCCAAUCCAUUUGCCACCUCUAAUUUUGAUGACACGAUGAUGAUAUCGGUUGGAUGUACUAUUUUUGUAAAUUGUUCUGGCUAAUUAAUUUUCAAACUCCCAAAAUCCUUGGGUUUCAUACAAAACAAAUUCGAAGUUUAAGUAGCUAGAUUAUGAUUGAGUGAAGAGUUGGUGUACUUGAAUGCAAUUUGCCCUUUUGCUGUUCAACAAUUUCAACACACAAAACGACAUGUCACGAGCAAAUCACGACAAGCAAAGCAAAGCCAAGCCUAUUGAGGGCGGCCCCACAAUUUCCCGCAGACGGCAGAACCCACACGUUGGGCCUUCAGUCGCAAUUCCCGAGGAGACCAAGAGGACGAAAACCUCCGUCUAACAAACCCCGUCAACGUUAUCCGCGUGGUAACGGCGAAACUCACCUCGGAAGCGAAUCUCGUAACGGUGGCAAAGUUUUGGCGGUAAAACAACCUACCUGGGGCUUCGUGGCAGCCUAUGAUUGGCUGGCAAUGUAUGUAUGGCGGCAUGUCAUGUAUGUAGACCCAUAGGCCAUGUUGGAUUUUCCCGCGCUAUUAGUAAUAGAAUAGAGAGAAGAAACUUAGGCAUCUCUUUUUCUCCCCCCAAAAAGACGCUUCCGUUGUUAGAGAUAGAGAGAGAGAGAGAGGUCGGCGAGGGGAAAAGGGAAGAAAUUUCGGGAGCAAAACGGUCGUUUCUUUGCCGGUUGUUGUGAAUCGGCAUCGGUGGGCUGCUGUUGUUUCUGUGCGAUUUCGGAGCUAGGGUUUUGUUGCGGAUGGAUCUGGAAAUCAGCUGAGAUUUUUGAAGGCAUUCUUGAUUCUGGAGAUCUGCAGCCGACCGACAACCCGUGAGUUCUUUUUUUAAUCCUUCGCUGGUUCUAGAUUUGUAUUCUGUUCCCGCAAUUUGUGCGUUUGCCAUCAUUGGGUUGGUCUCACGUAAUUGUUAAUACUGAAAUUCCACAUCUUUUUUGAAGUAGGGUUCAGGGUUUGCUGUUUAGGUUAGAGGCUGUUUCUCGGGUCUGGAUUUGUUUGACUAGGAUAGAGUCAAAGAUUAGACCUUGUUAGUUGCUGACUGAGCUGCGGCUUAUACUCUGUUCCUAGUCCUUUAAUGGAAGUGUAAACACUUCUUAUGUAUUUGAAAUACUCCCUUGGCAUUUGAGUUUCUGGGGUUUAUCCAUAGUUGGCAAUUGUGUCAUUUCUUUGUAGCCGGUAUGUGCUGUGUGUUCUCUAUAGCUGAGUUGCCUGCUCACAUCACUUUCAGCUCUAUAGCUUCUGAAGUCUUUCUUUCUUUAAUGUGUUCUGCUGCUGCACUGAGUUUAGUUUGUCCUUGGGACUGUUAUUCCAUUAGCUUUAGUUUCAAAGUUCUGUUUUGUUUGACUGCAACUUGCUUGUCUAAUGCCAAUGAUGCUUUCUCAUAGGCUUUCUAAAUGAGUCCACCAGCUUCAGAUAUGGAAGAUACAUCGUCUUCAACUGCAAUGUCCAUUGAUCCUCAGAGGAAUGGAGGGGAAACUGAUGCUGUUGAAGGCCGGUUCAUGUCGCUAUGCAAGAGUGUACUAUCAUUGGAUGAGAAUGCUUAUACGGAGGCCAUUAAGCUUUUCAAAGAGACAAAGCAUCUCAUGUCGUCUACUACUUCAGCAGUUGGAAGCGGAACGCCUGAAGAAGUAGAAAGAUUUUUGUCUGCAUUUGUACUGUACUCUGUCAAGAAGCUGUCGAAGUCCAUUGGAGAUAAGGAGCACCGCCAGUGCCAUGACAGUGGAUUGACUUUGUGCCGGAUAUUGAGAUCCGUGAAGCUGAACUUUCUGGAAUUUUUCAAAGAACUGCCUCAAUUUGUCGUGAAAGCUGGCCCUGUGCUGUGUAAUACCUAUGGUGCGGACUGGGAGAAGAGACUCGAGGCAAAGGAGUCCCAAGCCAAUUUUGUCAACAUAAGCACUUUAAGCAGGCAUUACAAGCGUGCGUAUCAGGAACUUUUUUUGCUAAAUGAUACAAAUGGCGGCGACAAGGAACCAGCAGUUUCCAGUGCCGUGGCAUUUUCCUCAGACUAUUAUCGUUUUGGAUGGUUGCUAUUUCUGUCCCUCCGAGUGCAUGCACUGGGUCAUGUUAAGGAUCUAGUGACUUCCAUAAAUGGAUUGAUCUCUGUGCUGGCUAUUUUGAUUAUCCAUCUCCCGGUUCAGUUCAGGAAGUUGAGCUUGAAGGAUGAAGGGUGGUUUGCUAAGAGAGGCGUCAAGGGCGUUCAUUUGCUUGCAUCCCUCUGCCAGAAGUAUGAGACAUCGGAGGAUGACCUUAAGCAAAUGAUGGAGAAGACCAAUAAUCUAAUAUUAGAGAUCUUGAAGGGAAAACCUCAGGUGGCCACUGAGUGUGAAAUUGAAAGCCUGUUAGAUAUAGAUACAGAGGGUUUGAUAUAUUAUGAAGGUUUGAUGGAGGAAUCAUCUCUGAAAACAAGUUUGAAUGCAUUGGAGAAGGAUUAUGGAGAGGCACUCUAUCAGAAUGGUGAUCUGGAUGAGAGAAUUUUCAUCAAUGAGGAUGAUAGCUUACUUGGUUCAGGAUGCGUAUCUGGUGGUACCAACAAUAAUUUAUUGGGAACUAAGAGAAAAUUUGAUUCAAUAUCCUCACCAGCAAGAACGAUGACAAGUCCACUUUCUCCUUUCCGUUCUCCUGCACCUGGAAGUCUUUAUGGUGCAGUCUCUAGGAUGGCUCCAACACCUGUAACCACAGCAAUGACAACAGCAAAAUGGCUCAGAACUGUAGUAUCUCCAUUGGCACCUAAGCCAUCGCCUAUUUUGGGGCGCUUCCUCGCAUCAUGUGAUAGGGAUGUGACAGAUGAGGUGGUUCGAAGAGCACUGAUAAUAUUAGAAGCUAUAUUCCCCAGUAGUGCUCUGGGAGAGCGUUGUUUGACUGGAAAUCUUCAGACUACUAAUCUCAUGGACAACAUAUGGGCAGAGCAAAGAAGAUUAGAAGCUCUCAAACUAUAUUACAGGGUUUUGGAGGCAAUGUGCACUGCAGAGGCCCAGAUAUUACAUGUUGCUAAUCUGACAUCAUUGUUGACCAAUGAAAGGUUUCACAGAUGCAUGCUUGCAUGCUCUGCUGAACUAGUUUUGGCGACACAUAAGACUGUUACGAUGUUGUUUCCUGCUGUGCUUGAGAGAACUGGCAUUACUGCUUUUGAUCUCAGCAAGGUGAUAGAAAGUUUCAUUAGGCAUGAAGAGUCUCUUCCUAGGGAAUUGAGGCGGCAUUUAAAUUCCUUGGAAGAACGACUUCUGGAGAGUAUGGUCUGGGAAAAGGGUUCUUCAUUGUACAAUUCUCUGACAGUUGCAAGACCUGGACUUUCUGCUGAUAUCAGUCGCCUUGGGCUACUGGCAGAGCCCAUGCCAUCUCUGGAUGCGAUUGCCAUCCAUAUGAACAUUUCUUCAGCAGGCCUGCCGCCCAUUCCUUCUAUGCAGAAGCAUGAGAGUUCUGCAGGUCAAAAUGGUGACAUUAGGUCUCCAAAGAGACCUUGCACAGAGUAUAGGAGUGUUUUAGUAGAUCGGAAUUCCUUUACGUCACCAGUAAAAGAUCGUUUGCUGGCCCUCACUAACCUCAAGUCAAAGCUGCCACCACCAGCACUGCAAUCUGCAUUUGCCAGUCCAACCCGUCCAAGUCCUGGAAGAGGAGGUGAAACAUGCGCCGAAACAGCGAUCAACAUAUUUUUCGGCAAGAUCAAUAAGCUGGCUGCUGUCAGAAUCAAUGGCAUGAUUGAAAGGCUACAACAAUCGCAACAGCACAUAAGAGAGGAUGUGUACCGUCUAUUUCAGCAAGUACUCAUUCAACGGACAUCUCUCUUCUUUAAUCGCCACAUUGACCAAAUCCUCCUUUGUUGUCUCUAUGGAAUUGCUAAGAUAUCAAAAGUAGAGUUGACUUUUAGGGAAAUAAUUUACAACUAUAAGAAGCAGCCACAGUGUAAGCAACAUGUAUUUCGCAGUGUAUUCAUUGACAAGCCAACAGCACGCCACAAUGGAAAGACGGUGCGGGAUCAUGUAGAUGUAAUUACAUUUUACAAUGAAUUUUUCGUCCCAGUUGCCAAACCUCUGUUCUCAGAAAUUAGUUCAGCUGGAACAAGUACAAAAGCUGAUCAAGAGACCGAGGUUAACGGUAAAAAAGAUGGUCAAUGCCCAUCGCCUAAAGUAUGUCCAUUUCCAAGUCUCCCUGAUAUGUCCCCAAAGAAAAUAUCAGCAGUUCAUAAUGUCUACGUCUCUCCACUACGAACAUCGAAGAUGGAUGCUUUGAUAUCACAUACUUCCAAAAGUUUCUAUGCUUGCGUCGGGGAGAGCACUCACGCUUAUCAGAGCCCAUCCAAAGACCUGGCUGCCAUCAACAACAAAUUGAAUGGCAACCGCAAGGCGAAAAUGUCACUUGCAUUUGAUGGUGCUGAUGUUGGACUGGUGAGUGAUUCCAUAGUGGCUAACAGCCUCAACCUUCAGAAUGGAAACCAUGCAACAUCAACGGGCGGUCCUUUGAAAGCCGAGCAACCCGAGUCUUGAACUCGGUUUGACCUCCUGCACUUGGAGCUAUCUGCUGUAAAUCCACUAGUUUGUCCACCCGGGUGCUUGUGCUAGUUUUUCGGUAUACUUAACUACGACAACUGUAGUAAGGUACUAAGGUUGGGGGAAGAUGAGGUAUGAGCGGUUGAGUUUGUUGUUGUAGAGUGGCCGCCACCAUCUUCUCCAAGUGUGUUCAUCUUCACUGCUAGGUAGAUAUGAACUUUUGGGGUGUUCUAACACUAGUUUUGAUUUAAUAAAAACUAUACGUUAAGCGCUCAGAAUAGGAACAUGCUGUUUGUAAUGUACGUUUCUGGUGUUUGCCUCCUUGCUUGAGCGGUGAGCUGACGAACUUUAACACUGGCUGCUAGGUCGGGUUAGAUUGGGGUUUUCUAAUCUCAAAACCAACUCAGUCAGUGCACUAAAAGAAUCUGGUAAAA